AUGUCUGUGCUACAGCAGCCUGUGUCUGAGUCAGUCCAGCCAGGAGACUCUGUGACUCUGAACUGUCCAAUACACACCGAGACCUGUGAAGGAGAACACAGUGUCUAUUGGUUCAGACAUGGUUCAGAAGAAUCCUGUCCAGGAAUUAUUUACACCGAUGGAGACAGGAGUGAUCAGUGUGUGAAGAGCUCUGAGGCUGGGUCUCCUACACAGAGCUGUGUCUACAACCUCCCCAAGAGGAUCCUCAACCUCUCUGAUGCUGGGACUUAGCACUGUGCUGUAGCCUCAUGUGGGGAGAUACUGUUUGGGAACGGGACCAAGCUGGACAUUAAAGGUAGGUGAUACAGCUUACAUUUUUGUCUAUAUCUACUGUACAGUAUUCUGUGUAGAACAUACAUUUACUUGCUAUUCUGACUUUCUUCUAUUAUUGUUUGAAUUACAACAGACCAUAGAGCAGACCCUCUUCUCUUGGUGUCCUGCCUGGGUGUAGGAUUGGGUGUCGCGUUCACCUUGAUCAUUGUCCUGGUAUGCAUCAUAUACAAGAUGAACAAGACAACAUGUGUGCAGUGCAGAGGUAAGUUACUAUCCCCUUGCUAUUCAUUGAUAUCACCAAUUGUUGUUGUUUCAGUAGUGGAAGAAGUGGAAGUAUCCUAAUCUUUUGUGUCAUUCUUUUCAGGACUCGUCUCUCAGACCAGAGGUCCUGCAGUUACCCGAUCAGAUGCAGGGGUAAGCAGAAAUCAUUUUAUAUUAUCGGUAGUCUAUUGUGAAGCCUGUCUUUAACCAAUUUACUAUUGUGGGUAAAAAAUAAUACAUUUAAAAUGAUUGAAUGUCAACAAUGAUAUUUUGUGCUUCACAGGACCAAGAUGGAGACAGUUUCCAUUACGUAGCUCUGAAUCUGAGCAACAAGAAGAACAGGUCUAGAAGACAGAGAUAUGAGUAUGGAGUCAGUGGUGUACAACGGAAUUAGACAGUAGAACUGGAUGAAUGAACCAAUUAUCCUUUUAUACUAGAUAACUCUUUAUUAACUAGUUCUAGCUUCAUUAACUCUAUAUACGAAUGUAUAAGCAGUCAAAUGUGAUGAAAACAGUGGUCAUGGCUUUUUUGUUAUACAAAGUUGAAAUAAUUGAUUGCAUUGCUUCUCUGACAAACUAUUUUUUUUUAUUUGAAUAAUAAUAAUAAUAAUAAUAAUAAUAAUAAUAAUAAUAAUAAUAAUAAUAAUAAUAAUAAUGACAAUAAUUUGGGGAGUGCUUAUAUUUGUCCUGUUACACACAAUUGUGUAAUGGAAAUGUUUAUGUUGUUGCUAAUCCCAACUCCCCCUGAGACACCCGCAGGGAGUGGUUUCAUAGCCAGGGUCACCAUUGUACAUCACCCCUGGAGCAAUUAGUUUUUUUUUUUUUUUUUUUUACCUUUAUUUAACUAGGCAAGUCAGUUAAGAACAAAUUCUUAUUUACAAUGACGGCCUACCCCGGCAAAACCCGGACGACGCUGGGCCAAUUGUGCACCGCCCUGUGGGACACCCAAUCACGGCCGGAUUGUGAUACAGCCUGGAAUCGAACCAGGGUCUGUUGUGAUGGCUCUAGCACUGAGACGCAGUGCCAUAGACCGCUGCGCCGCUCAAGGGCACAGCAACAGAUUUUUAUUUUAUUUUAUGUUAUUUGUUGUGCCCAUUUUAGCAACAGUAAACCAGUUAAUUGUGUAAAGAAAAAAAAGUGUUUCCAACUGUUUGAAUUUGAAUAAGUUGAAGUCAAUGCAUACUAUGAUGAUAUGGUGCUUUGUACAGACGGAUGCUCUUAACUGUCUCAGACGUUAUGGUCUGUUUACAAAGCUUUGUGGUGAAGGUGGAGGUAUUGCAGUAACUUUCCACUGAUGGAAACUAACCUCUUAUAGACAUUUAACACAGGAAGACUGACGUGCAGCCACACUGCUCUCUACUUUGUCCCUUAGGGCCCCUUGCUGUUCACACCAGUUAGUGGGUGUGAAACAGCCCCUUAGUGCAACAAAUGCCUCUCAACACAAAUGUGUAGGUCAAAGCUGACUUAAUUAUGUGAAGUCUAGCAGUACAACAUCAUGUUAUGGUAAAUGAUUUAGGCCUCUUGCAACAGAACUACUCAUAGUGAAAGUUGUACAACAGCCACUACCACAGAAGGAGGACAGGCCAUAGUCAGGCCUCAUUCUGUUGUAGUGUUAGUUUUUUGUUUUUUUGUUAAGACAUAGGCCUACUGAUUGCAUGCCACACACCCCCUCACAUACACAGCUGUGGUCUGCUAUGAACAAAACACAACGAUGUAGCUAGCUACACUUUGGUCAGGCCUGCUGGCCUUCUGCACAGGACCCUAUCUUUCUUUCUUUCUUUCUUUCUUUCUUUCUUUCUUCUUUCUUCUUUCUUUCUUUCUUUCUUUCUUUCUUUCUUUCUUCUUUCUUUCUUCUCUCCUCUCUCUCUUCUCUCUCUCUCGCUCUCUCUCUCUCUCUCUCGCCCUCUCUUCUUUCUCUCCUCUCCUCUCUCCUCUCUCUCUCUCUCUCUCUCUCUCUUUCUCUCUCUACUUCUCUCUCUCUCUCUUUCUCUUUCUGACUUUCUCUCUCUCUUUCUUUCUCUCUCUCUUUCUCUCUCUCUUUCUUUCUCUCUCUCUCUGUCUCUCUCUUUUUCUCUGUCUUUCUCUCUCUCUCUCUCUCUCUGUCUUUCUCUCUCUCUAUGUGGUUUUCAGCAGGAUGUCUCCGUGGUGUCAGUCAGUAUAUCACGUACUCCAUACUUGCUCUUCAAGUUGCCUAUUUAAGCAACAGUAGACCACUAAUUUAAUGAGGCAGCUUGUUAUCUAUAUAUAUAUUCAGCUGAAAUCUGUGAAAACCCACAAUGAACAUUAUAUUAGGUCAUUUGACCUAGACAUCUGAAGUACUUUGCCUAACACACAUGACAGUUUCAAGUGUGAUGUAAAGUAUCAUCAUCAUCUGGACCGAGAAGAAAGAGCCUCCUCAUAUUUAUAUCAUGGGAGGGCUUUUAUCCAUCCAUACAUUGGAGAAUAAUUUGUAUAUGAGAUAUUGCUGGCUAAGCAAAGACUAUUAUCAUGUUUUCUGUAGAUGUUUCUCUGUGUUAUGAAGUGACUGUGUGGUGGUCAUAGAAGCCCUAGAGGAUGACAGUGUCAUAACAUGUGGCCAACAAUGUCACAACCACUGUAUGACUCCCAUGGACCACAAUGGCAAGAACAACAGAUGAAGUAAAGUGAUCCAUUGAUGCUUGUGGUUACGUCUUAUACUUUCAGGUGGACAAACCCUCAGGUGGACGGCUGUGGUACAUAGUAUUGUAGAUAGCAUGAGCUGUAUUUAGGUCUAAUAAAGGAUAAAUACACAGUAGUCCCAUUCAGUUAAAAAAAUUAAAAUAAACAUAGUCAUAUUCAAACUUGCAAUGUGACAAAGUUGUGCAACACGUGUUCAAGCUGUACAACAACAUGAAUGGACAGUGUUUGUUGCAUUCGUGACCUGCCAGCCAGCCAAUCAAAUCUGACCAUCCAGAUCAGAUGGUACUUGAGAUCAACCAAUGAAAGCAAACGCAAGUUUCCUUUCUCUUCUGUAGAGAGACUGCAUUUCACACAGGUCAAUCUCAUCACUUGAAGGAACAAGCCAGAUUAACACACUCUUCCUCUUCCUUUUCAUCUGGAAAGCUUGUAAGUAACAUUUAGCUCAAUUUACAAAUCUUAUAGCUGUUAAACAUACAUUACAUGUUCUUACUAUAUUUGGUACAUGUGUUUUCAACAUGGUACAUUUAUUAUUUUAAUUCAGGUGCAUCUCAAACACAAAUCAUUGUUCAGCCUGCUUCUUUCCAGAAGGAGGCAAUGUGACUAUUGAUUGCAACAUGACCAGUGAGAACAUCAACUAAAUGGUAUGGUACAAACUCACAACCGGCAUAGUGCUUCAAUACAUUGCUAAAUCUUCCAAGUACAAGAGUGAUGUGCAAUUCUACAAUGAAUUUGAUGAUGGGCGAUUCACUGUGUUGGCUGGCAAAAACACAUUUCACCCCAACGUUUCUGCCCCAAAACAAGAGGACAUUGGGAAGUACUACUGUAGGAAGAUUUUCUUGAAUCAUAUGCUGUUUGCUAAUGGAAUCUUGUUAAUGCUGACAGGUGAAAAUAGAACAAAAUACUUUAUUUAGUUCAUAUACAGUGCAUUCGGGAAGUAUUCAGACCACAUUUUGUUAAGUUACAGCCUUAUUCUAAAAUAGAUGAAAAUAUUUUUUUCCCCUCACCAAUCUACACACAAUACCAAAGAAAAAACUGUAUUUUAUAAAUUUUUGCAAAUUCAGAAAAAAACAACAACUGAAAUAGCACAUUUACAUAAGUAUUCAGACCCUUUACUUAGUACUUUGUUGAAGGACCUUUGGCAGCGAUUACAGCCUCAAGUCUUCUUGGGUAUGACGCUACAAGCUUGGCACACCUGUUUUUGGUGAGUUUCUCCCAUUCUUCUCUGCAGAUCCUCUCAAGCUCUGUCAGGUUGGAUGGGGAGCGUUGCUGCACAGCUAUUUUCAGGUCUCUCCAGAGAUGUUUGAUCGGGUUCAAGUCCGGGCUCUGGCUGGGCCACUCAAGAACAUUCUGAGACUUGUCCUGAAGCCACUCCUGCAUUGUUUUGGCUGUGUGAUUAGGGUCGUUGUCUUGUUGGAAGGUGAACCAUUGUCCCAGUCUGAGGUCCUGAGCACUCUGGAGCAGGUUUUCAUCAAGGAUCUCUCUAUACUUUGCUCCGUUCAUCUUUCCCUCUAUCCUGGCUAGUCUCCCAGUCCCUGCCUCUGAAAAACAUCCCCACAGCAUGAUGCUUCCACCACCAUGCUUCACCGUAGGGAUGAUGCCAGGUUUCUUCCAGAUGUGAUGCUUGACAUUCAGGCCAAAGAGUUCAUUGGUUUCAUCAGACCAGAGAAUCUUGUUUCUCAUGGUCUGAGAGUCCUUUAGCCGAAUGCACUGUAUGUACUCAGAAUAUUUUUUAAUAGUUAUUUUAUCAAUUUUGAUCUGUUAUUUAACUUUCUUAUCAGGUACAACUUCAAAGAGAAAGACUGUUAUACAGCAACCUGUGUCUGAGUCAGUCCAGCCAGGAGACUCUGUGACUCUGAGCUGUACAAUACAAACUGAGACCUGUGCAGGAGAACACAGUGUCUAUUUGUUCAGACAUGGCUCAGGAGUAUCCCGUCCAGGAAUCAUUUACACCCAUUGAGACAGAAGUAAUCAGCGUGAGAAGAGCCCUGAUGCUGGGUCUCCUACACAGAGCUGUGUCUACAAUCUCCCCAAGAGGAACCUCAGCCUCUCUGAUGCUGGGACUUACUACUGUGCUGUGGCCUCAUGUGGGGAGAUUCUGUUUGGGAACGGGACCAAGCUGGACAUUCACAGUAAUUUAUUUCACUUAAUUUUUAAUAGCAAACAUGUUUGUGUCAUACUACCUGAAUAAAUAAUGAUUACUAUAUUAAUUUAAUAAAAUAUUGCAUUGAUAGAUAAUGACCAUAAUAAAUCAUGUAAUCCUUUGGUUUCAGAGUAUGAUUUCCCCCUGACUCCCACUGCUCUUGCACUGGUCACAUCAAACAUUGUGUUUGUGAUUGUCAUCAUUCUACUGACAUGUGGGAUAUGCAAUGAAAGGACCAGAGGGCCUAAAGGUAGAGUCAGGCUUGCUGUUGUUCUGCAUGUUUCAUGCAUGUUACUAGUUACACUAAUAUACUUGCUGUUGUGGUAUCUUUCAUCGACUAUCAUUUUUGAAAAUGUCUAAACCAUAUUGAUUGAUUUAGCGCGAUAGCUUGUAUAUGUAACGUUAUUUUCUUCUUGCAACUGAGAGAUCACCAACCCAACCAGUCGAUCAGGUUAACUCUUUGUUGUAUCACUCCACCUUGUUAUGGCUCCACCUCUCUCACACAGAACCAAGACAGUGACGUGGUAAACUAUGCAGCUGUGAGUUUCACUGCCAAGAAAAGCUCCUCAUCCAGAACAGCAAGAGCCAAAACCAGCAGAGAGGAUGCAGAGUACUCUGAGGUCAGGUACUUUCAGCAGGAGUGAGAUGUGAAGAACCUCACCACAUCGAAUGGAAACCACAUCCAUAUACAUCAGAAAAAACUUUGAAGGCCUUGUGAUGACUGGUAAAACAACUGCUUUUAGUACGUAAAUAAUAGCUAAAUAAAAUAGGAAAUAGCUCUACUUGUAACCUAGAAAAGCAACUUGUAUUAGAAUAUUAGAUGAGUAGGCUUUAAUUAUUUCUCUAAUGUCUUAAAUAUGCAAAUGGCAUCUUAGUUGAAUAAAUGUUGCUGAUCAAAAAUCACUGCUUCCUUUAUGGGUUUGUUAUUACACCCUAGUGUAUUUUCAUCACAUGUUAUAUGUUAAGUUUAGAUAUAUAUAAACUGUUUAAAAAAGUACCCUCUAGUUGAACUGUGAAGUCAAAGUGAAGACCGCAAAGUCCCUAAGUAGGAUUUAAUCUUACAACAUGGGUGACCCUCUGAUCCAAACAUCAUAUUUUCAGGUUGCACACUGAUUCAAACUUAAUAGAACGACUGUUUCUGUUCCACAUAUGACCUACUGAACAGCCAAUAAGGUGUUUAGCAGAACACAUUUAAUAGACCAAUCAGACCCCACCUAGAUCUAACCAAUCAGACGACAGAUGUGUGAUUCAAUGUAUUUUUACAAGUUGCACACUACAAAUCACACCUGCUCCAGAAAAUCUAGGGGCGAGGACAAGAUGGUUGAGCUCUUGGUCUUUUUCUUCUCUGCAACUCUUGUAAGUGACACGUUCCCUAAGAAAGUCUUCUUUCAAGCUAGGUUCAAUAAUAUGUGUUUGGUAUACUGUCUUUUUCUGAAUGGAAAUACUUGAUUUGUUUCAGAUGUGACUAAAUCAUCUGAGAUUUCUCAGCCUGCUCCAUUCCUAGCAGCAAAGUUGGGGGACAACGUGACAGUUGAAUGCCAUAUAACCAGUAAUGUUGAUCACAUGGUGUGGUACAAGAUGACCACUGGCAAGAAACUACAGUGUGUGGCAAAGGCAGACAUUUAUUACAAAUAUCUCAAAUAUUUUGAUGAAUUCAAGGAUGGGCGUUUUGCUGUAUUGAUAGAAACAAGAAAAUGUCACCUAACUAUAUCUGCCACGUAGCCAGAGGGCAUUAGAAUAUACUGCAUUGAAGUUUUGCGCUUAAACUUUAUAGAGUUUGGACCUGGAACUGCCUUGAUGGUUAAAGGUAAUGAAAUUCCAUGUCAGAAGAAAAAAAAAACUUGAAGUCAUACGCUGAUAAUUUAUAUGCUGAAAUAUAAUAUAUGAAAUUCAGACCACAUUGAAGCUCGCAUCCGCUACAAGACCAUGGUGCUUGCCUUUGGAGCAGUGAGGGGAACGGCACCCCUGUACCUUCAGGCUCUGAUCAGUCCCUACACCCAAACGAGGACAUUGCGUUCAUCCACCUCUGGCCUGCUGGCUCCCCUUCCUCUGCGGAAGCACAGCUCCCCCUCAGCCCAGUCAAAACUGUUCGCUGCUCUGGCACCCCAAUGGUGGAACAAGCUCCCUCACGACGCCAGGACAGCGGAGUCACUCACCACCUUCCGGAGACAUUUGAAACCCCACCUCUUUAAGGAAUACCUGGGAUAGGCUAAAGUAUUCCUUCUAACCCCCCCCCCAAAUUGUAAAGUGGUUAUCCCACUGGCUAUAGGGUGAACGCACCAAUUUGUGAGUCGCUCUGGCUAAGAGCGUCUGCUAAAUGACGUUAAUGUGCCCUUGAGCAAGGCACUUAACCCUAAUUGCUCCUGUAAGUCGCUCUGGUUAAGAGCGUCUGCUAAAUGACUAAAAUGUAAAUGUAAAUGUAAAUUAUUGAAAAUAUAAUUUUCAGAGAUAAUGAGAAGUAAAUUAAAUUUCAUUUCAUAGGUGCUGAGUUGAAUAGUAAUAUUGUUGUCCAGCCGCCUAUGUCUGAGUCAGUCCAGCCAGGAGACUCUGUGACUCAGAACUGUACAAUACACACUGAGACCUGUGUAGGAGAACACAGUGUCUAUUGGUUCAGACAUGGCUCAGGAGAAUCCCAUCCAGGAAUCAUUUACACCCAUGGAGACAGGAGUGAUCAGUGUGAGAGGAGCCCUGAGACUGGGUCUCCUACAUAGAGCUGUGUCUACAACCUCCCCAAGAGGAACCUCAACCUCUCUGAUGCUGGGACUUACUACUGUGCUGUGGCCUCAUGUGGAGUGAUACUGUUUGGGAACGGGACCAAGCUGGACAUUCAAGGUAAUUCCCAAUUAAUCUAAAAAUUGCCACAACAAUACUGUAUAUUUAUGCAAAUGGCCUACCUCCAAAUGAUCAUAUACAUUUGUCUCAACAAGCUAUACAAUAUCACCAUUAGCUUUUGAUGCCAUAUUUUAUUGUUUGAUGAUCUUCCUAAGCGCUCAUGAAUACAAUAUGAAUUCCCUGAUACCCUUUCCACAGUUCCAGAGCAUGAUUCUCCAUUUGAUCUGAGUCCUACUGUUCUGGCCUUGGUCGUCUCCAACAUCGUCCUGGGGAUAGUGACCCUUCUACUUGUCUGGGUGCUGUGCAAGACUCAGAACAGAGAUAGCAGAGGUAUUACUGUAUAUCUAAUGUAUCCAAUGUAUCUAAUGUUAUAGCUGAUGUAUCUAAUGUUUCAUGCAUCUCUAUGCAAUGUACAUUCUGUAAAUAUCAGUUAAAUGCCCAACGUAUAAGCAUUGUUAAUGAACUACAUGAGGUUAAAAAGAGAUAGAUUGUCAUAAAAAAUAAUAGCUGGCCUUCCUCAAUUUCAAUCUCUUUGAAGGGAGGACAGAUGUCCCAACAUCCCAGGGCAAUCAGGUACAUUUGUCAACAUUUAUAAACAUAGUAUAUUUUCAGUUUUUACAAGAAACUGCCAUUUAACUUUCCUUGCAGCUAGUAUUCAGCUUAUAUGUGCUUUUUAUGUUAUUAAGCUUUUUUGGAAGUAAUAGGUCACUGUACUAGAGGCCUUGUGAUCAUGGAACUUCUGUCUGUCACUGUUCCACUGACUGUCAGGUCAUUGUAGUGGGUGUACAGUCUGAACAGUCCUAUCUUUUGUAGAGUGUUUUCUUCCACAGGAGAAUAGAAACAUUAUGUAAUAGAUCAUGCUAUCAUCAUAAUGUAUUUUCUCAUGGCUCCACCCCCCUCACAAUCAAGACAGUGACGUGUUGAACUAUGCAGCUGUGAGUUUCACCCCCAAGAAGAACUCCUCCUCCUCUAGAAGAGCAAGAGAGAAGACCAGCAGAGAGGAUGCAGUGUACUCUGAGGUCAGAUACCUGCAGCAGCAGUGA